GCCAAUGCAGGUAAUAAAAAAAAAAGAAACAGCUGCACUCCUGUCAGUGAUCCUUGUCAAAUCUGAAAUCGUCUUAAUUUCUGGGCAUUUAGAAUAGAAUAAAAUAAUAUUUCUUCAGAGAACAACAAUAAUAUAACUUAAUUUUUAAAUUAAUGAAAUUGGGUAUCUUGAAAUUUUGAUUUGGGACUUUUGAAGUAUUACAGUUGCCGUGAUGAACGCGUGUUACUGCUGCCUGCGGCGUGCUCCGGACAAGGACCUGACGACGCCGUACACAUAUCUCGGCAAAACGGAGAUAUAUGCUGACAUGCUCACCCAGUGCUUUGAUAUACAUUUGAUACUGGGCGGCUCGGCCUCGUGCGGCAUCUGUUUGGCUUGCGUCGGCCGACUGCGAGACGCGAGCGACUUCAAGCUGCAAGUGCAGCGCAGCCAGGCGGAGUUGCGGGCGCGGUUGCAAGGAGCGAGCCUCGUCAAAGAGGAAGAACCUGCAGUUAAGUCAGAAAUGCAGGAUGGAGACGGGACCAGUGACACACGUGAAGAGCCCCCGGUCAAGCUGGAAACGCUUGAUAAAGAUGGGGCAUCAGAUGAGAUGGAUGACAUGAUUGGAUUAAACGUGGCGUCCGGGGUAGGGGCAAGCACCGAGGAUGACCCGCUGUUGCUGGAGGAGCGGGCAGUCAAGGUGGAGGUGUCGGCCGCGGCGAGAGACGAGGAGCGCGUGUCGGUGUGUUUGGACGACAGCACCGCUUCGGCCCCGAAAGAGCUCGCGAUUGCUUGUACCGUGGUGCUCGAGCCCCUCCGAGGCAAUCUAUACGGAUGCGCACACUGUGGCAAACGUUUCAGAAACAAGUCUAACUUAAGAAAACACAUUCAAAAAACGCACUUGAAGACCGCGCCAAAACAAUUUACAUGUGAUUUUUGUAGUUCUACCUGUUCUACAUUCAAAACUGAAUCGCUUGUAUUAAAGCACGAAAAUAGCGAACAUGAUGUUACAAAUUUCAUGUGUGCUGAAUGUGAAACAACGAUUUACAAGAAAAGUUUAGAAACUGCAAACAAGAGCAGUCAGAGAUCAAACUUACUAAAACAUUUUACUUGCAGCCACUGUGAUUAUAAAACUCAUCUCAAACAAAACUUAAAAUCACACAUAAGAAUACACACAGGAGAAAAGCCAUACAAAUGUAAUCUUUGCGAUUACAAGUGCUGGGCUAAUGCCAUAUUACGAAGACAUGAAAGGACACAUACUGGCGAGAAGCCUUUUCCAUGUAACUACUGUGAUAAAAAAUUAAGUUCUAAAGCACACUUAGUAACGCAUGAGAUGAUACAUACUAAAGCGAAGCCGUUUAAGUGUUGCGAGUGCGACUUCAAGUGCAGGCAGAAAGCAAGCUUGGCAAGACACCAGAUGAUACACACCGGAGAGAAGCCAUACACAUGCAGUCAUUGCGAGUACAGGUGCAGUGAUAGUUCUCGAUUGCGAAGACAUGAAAUUAAACAUACUGGCGAAAAGCCUUUUCAGUGUAGCCACUGUGGUUUCAAAUGCAGUCGAAAAUCAGAUUUAAAUAAACAUCUGAAGAUACACACUGGGGAAAAGCCAUUUAAAUGUAGCAAUUGCGACUACAAGAGCACUCGAAAAGAAACCUUGCUAAAACAUCAGAGGACACAUAUUGAAACGAAGCCUUUCAUUUGUAGCCACUGCAACUACACGACUCGACAUAAACAAGAUUUACAAAGACAUCUAAGAAAAAAACAUUCCGGUGAAAAAUCCUGAAUUAGUCCCGCAAGUUGACGACCGGUCUGGCCUAGUGGGUAGUGACCCUGCCUAUGAAGCCGAUGGUCCCGGGUUUAAAUCCUGGUAAGGGCAUUUAUUCGUGUGAUGAGCAUGGAUAUUGGUUCCUGAGUCAUGGGUGUUUUCUAUGUAUUUAAGUAUUUAUAAAUAUUUGCCUAUUAUAUAUAUCGUUGUCUGAAUACCCUCGACGCAAGCCUUAUUGAGCUUACUGUAUUUGUGUAAUGUCCUAUAAUAUUUAUUUAUUUAAGUGUUUGGAAAUAUGAUGCGCAGUAGCAGACAAGUAAGUAAGCUUAUACAGAGCAUUUCUGUAUACUUAAUUAUACAGACAGAGAAUUUCUGUAUACUUACUUCUGUACAAUUACUUAUCUAAAACUAACUAACAUAGUUAAUACAUGCAUGCACUAUUAUCAAUAUUAUCAUAUUGUUUUGUACAAUUACUUGGGUUGGCGGCAUUAAGUACUUUUCCACCACACCAACUGGUAAAAAGGCCUUUUUCAUUGUUCAAAAACUAAUGAGAAAGUUGCAUUUUAUCCACAUGUGGGGCAAAGUAAUCAGAUGCAAAUUUUGAGUUAUUUCCUUAUGUUAGCUGGUAGAAUUUACUUUUAAACGAUGUUUAAUUAACAUGGAAUACAAUUUUGAUGAUAUUA